AUGAUUAUUUCAACGAAUGUUUUCAAGUGGAAAGCUUUGCCGCACGCAUUCUCAGACGUUCUUCUGACAUCAGCAAAUUACUACGCGCUUCCACAUCAAUGCAUGGAGAAGUUUUAUGUUUCUUUCCGCUAUGUUGUUAAUGCUAUGUCAGGUGAACAAAGAUUAAAUCUGAACAUAACGGUUAUACUUGGAAGCACUAUGGUUAAGGCGAUCCUUGUGGCUUUAACAGUUUAA